AUGUCUGUUCUCCUGGAAACCAGUGCGGGCGAUAUUGUAAUUGACCUGCUGGUCGAUUACGCGCCCAAAAUGUGCGAGAACUUCCUCAAGCUUUGCAAGGUCAAAUACUACAACUUCUCCCCAAUCCACUCCGUACAAAAAUCCUUCUCCUUCCAGACCGGCGACCCUCUCGGGCCAAUGGCUCCUCAAUCCGACGGCGGCACCUCCAUCUGGGGCCUGCUCUCGGGCAGCCCGGCCGACAGGACCUUCACCGCACUCUUCCACCCGAAGCUAAAACAUAUCGAGCGAGGUACCGUUAGCAUGGCGACAGCCCCCCAUCCAUCCGACCCGGACCGACGCGUGGCAGCCUCGCAGUUCAUCGUUACGCUUGGGGACAAUACCGACUACCUGGAUGGGAAAGCUGCCAUCUUUGGUAAAGUGGUUGAGGGUUUUGAUGUCCUCGAAAAGAUCAACGACGCCAUCGUCGACGAGCGCGGUCACCCCCUGGUCGACAUUCGCAUCAAGCACACUGUUAUCCUUGAUGACCCCUACCCCGACCCGGCCGGCUUGCGGGAGCCCAGUAGCUCGCCGCCUCCGACGAAAGCGCAGCUUGCAACGGUCCGCAUUGCCGAAGACGAGGAACUUCUAGACGAGGAGGCCAACGAAGAAGCCGCCGCCCAGGCAGAGCGGAGGAGGAAGGAGCGCGAAGCAGCGGCACAAGCCCUGACGCUCGAAAUGAUGGGGGACCUGCCCUUUGCCGAGGUCAAGCCGCCAGAAAACGUCCUCUUCGUCUGCAAACUGAACCCCGUCACAACCGACGAGGACCUGGAGCUGAUCUUCAGCCGGUUCGGUAAGAUUCUGAGCUGCGAGGUGAUUCGGGACCAGAAAACCGGCGACAGUCUGCAGUACGCCUUCAUUGAGUUCGAGGACCAGAAGAGUUGCGAGGACGCUUACUCCAAGAUGGAUGGCGUCUUGAUUGACGAUCGCCGAAUUCACGUCGACUUCAGCCAGAGCGUGAGCCGGCUGAGCGAUGUGUGGCGAGACGAUACCAACAAGAAGCGGAAGAACGCGGCGGCGAGGAGGGCAGGCGGUGGCUGGGGCGGUGUCAAGGAGCUGGAGAAGCGACGCCAAUACCGCAAUGAAGACGUCGAGCCGGAUGAUGAUACCGGUUACCGUAUGGUCCAUGGAAUGGAAGACUUACGUGGCCGCCACGACAAGGAACGGGACCCUGAGAGAGGCGGGCCGAGUAGUCGGGAUUCCGCUCGGUACAAUGGUGACGGUCGACGCCCAGACCGUUCACCCGACCGGCACGGGGAUAGACACUGGUCCGGAUAUGGCGACAGGAAGGGUGACGCGGGACGGCGCAGCCGGAGCCCCAGGGGAGGCCGCUAUCGGGAUAACCGCCAUGACCGGCCGGGAGGCGUUGGGAAGAGCCGGGGAAGUAGGGACUGGUCCCGGAAAGAUCGACGAGAUUACGAUCGUGAUCGAGGGGCGAGUGAAGAUAGAGACAGGUACCGCGGACACGAUGAGUACAGGAGCAGGUAA